AUGACCUUCGGCGCACCAUCUCAUCGUAUCGAAGCGCAACUUAUCUCAGCAGCACAUAUCCUGGAAAUCGAAGCCGAGUUCAUCCAUGUUCCCGGGCUCAUCAUGUGCUCAUUUAUCGACAAGGAGGAGAAGACAUCGGAGACGCACUUCAUCCGGUGCACAGGACGCAUGGCCCUCGGUCGUCUCCACGAAGUCCAUCAGCUGUACCGGGCGGUCGUGCACGAUGAACUCAGCGCCAAGAAAGCCGGAGACCGCCUCGAUGAGCUGCUCGCGGCACCACCCAUCUACGGAUCAUUUGUUCAGAUCGUCCUUGCGUUCUGGAUUGCGGCUCUGAUUUGUCCGCUUGCUUUCGGCGGCUCAUUUGUCGACAUGUGGCUCGCCGGUGCGGGAGCUGUGUUCCUCUCGGCGAUGCGCAUCGGCGUCGUCUCGAGGGCUAAGAAGUGGUAUGCGCAUCAAAUGCUGUCCCGCGUAAUGUUUCGAGCUGAUCACGUUCGCAGAGUGUGCCUGACGAUGAUCAUCUCCUUCACGGCGCGUGCUCUGAGUAGCAUCAACGGCGACAUCUUUUGCUAUAAUGCUAUUUCAUCUGCUAGCAUCGUGUCUAUCCUCCCUGGAUUCCUUAUUCUGAGCGGUUCUCUGGAACUGGCGGCGAAGAAUCUCUCGACUGGCAGUAUCAAGAUGAUUUAUGCGCUCAUCUAUACACUGUUCCUCGGCUUCGGGCUGCAGAUUGGCAACGACCUUUACUUCCUUUUCAACCACAAAGCACGGGACAGCCUUGCCACGCUCGCGAGCCGGCUCAACAUCGUCACAGGCUGCUACCGCGCACCGGACUUUCCGUGGUACCUUAUGCGGUUCCCGUGGUGGAUGCAGUUCUUCAUCGUGCCGCUCUUCUCGGUGCUCUCGUCCCUUGCGAACCUCCAGCCGAUCUGGACGUGGGACAUGCUCGUCAUGGUUAUCAUCUCCUGCGUCUCGUACACCGCGAACAAGGUCGCAAAUCGGCUCAUCCCGGACCGCUCUGACUUUGUGUCGUUCACGGGCGCGUUCGCCGUCGGCAUCCUGGGCAACUUCUAUUCGCGCAAGAUGGGUGGUACCGCGUUCACCGUCAUGGUCACUGGAGUGCUGUUCUUGGUUCCCUCUGGCCUAUCUGCUAUCGGUGGCAUCACUGCCCAGGGUGGUGGGAUUGAUAUCGGCGGGGCCAUGAUCGCAGUCACUGUCGGUAUAACCACCGGGCUCUUCGUCAGUCAGGGGAUCGUCUAUGCCUUCGGCUCCAGGAAGAACAAUGCCCUGUUCUCAUUCUGA